GGCCGGUGCCAAACCCAGCGCUUCCCGCGCAGACGGAGCAAGGCGCCCGGCCGUGCCUCAAGCCUCCUUAAGAGGCGGCGGCCACGGGGCAGCGGCUGGCGCCUCCCCCCCGCGCGGGAGAAAAGCGCCGUGUGCCCGGGAUGGGGAGUGGGACUCUGCCCCGGCCCGGAGGGACGGCCGAGCCCGCGGGACCCCGGCAAGCGAGCAUGUCUGAUUCCCUCUGACUCACCCAGUCUUUGCCUCCUGCUACAAGAGCUCACUGCAAAUUGGAGUCCUCCAGGAGGUGCUGGUCAGCUGUCCACAGAAACUGAGCUGCUAGAAAGACCUGGGUGACUGGAAUUCAAAGUACUUGCUUUGUUUUUUUUACCCUGAGGCAGAGGAAGUGAGCACCAGAGCUUUCUCCAGUUCAGUGGAAGGAUCCAUCAUAGUGAAUUCAGCUUUGAAAACUGGGAAGCCUCUUCUGUGUAGAACUGAAGCAGCACCUUUGGUAGUGGCCUUGAAUAAAAACUAAGACAAAAAUGUCUGUUAUAGAUCCCUAUCAACACAUCGUGGUGGAACACCAGUACUCACACAUAUUCACUGUGACAGUAAGGAAAGCCACCAAUGUCACCAAAGGAGCCAUUGGUGACAUGCUUGACACUCCAGAUCCCUACGUGGAGCUGUUCAUCCCCUCUGCCCCUGACUGCAGGAAGAGAACCAAACAUUUCAAUAAUGAUGUGAAUCCCAUCUGGAAUGAGACCUUUGAGUUCAUUUUGGACCCAAACCAGGAAAAUAUUCUGGAGGUUACUUUGAUGGAUGCCAACUACGUCAUGGAUGAGACUCUUGGCACAUCCACAUUUCCUAUAUCUUCUCUGAAACUGGGAGAGAAGAAGGAGGUCCACUUAACUUUCAAUGAUGUGACAGAAAUGACUCUGGAAAUGUCUCUUGAAGUAUGCUCUUCCACUGACCUGCGGUUCAGCAUGGCUCUGUGCGAUGAGGAGAAGAGGUUCCGGCAGCAGCGCAAAGACAACAUCAUGCACAGCAUGAAAUCCUUCCUGGGAGAGGAAGGCAGCAAGAACCUGACUUCCUCUCGUGAUGUCCCAGUGAUCGCCAUCCUGGGCUCAGGCGGUGGCUUUCGGGCCAUGGUUGGGUUUGCUGGCGUCAUGAAAGCUCUUUACGAGUCUGGAGUUCUGAACUGCGCCACUUACAUUGCUGGGCUCUCAGGAUCCACGUGGUACAUGUCCACUUUGUAUUCACACCCUGAUUUUCCAGAGAAGGGACCCAAGGAGAUCAAUCAAGAGCUGAUGAACUCUGUGAGCCACAACCCGCUCCUGCUGCUCACUCCUCAGAAAGUCAAGCGCUACAUCGAAGCUCUGUGGAAUAAGAAGAGCUCAGGACAGCCUGUCACUUUCACAGAUAUCUUUGGAAUGCUGAUAGGUGAAACCCUUAUCCAUAAUAGAAUGGACACCACUUUGAGCAACAUGAAGGAGAAAAUCGACAGUGCUCAGUGUGCUCUGCCGCUCUUUACCUGUCUCCACGUCAAACCAGAUGUCUCAGAGCUGAUGUUUGCAGACUGGGUGGAAUUCAGUCCCUAUGAGAUUGGAAUGGCCAAGUAUGGCACUUUUAUGUCUCCAGAUUUGUUUGGAAGCAAAUUUUUCAUGGGGACAGUGGUGAAGAAGUACAAUGAAAAUCCCUUGCAUUUCUUGAUGGGUGUCUGGGGUAGUGCAUUUUCUAUAUUAUUUAACAGAGUGCUUGGUGUCUCCAACUCCCAAAACAAAGGACCCACCAUGGAAGAAGAAUUAGAAAAUAUUAGGCUAAAGCACCUGGUGAGCAAUGACAGUUCAGACAGUGAAGAUGAAUCACAGCAACCAAAAGGCACUGAAAACGCUGAGGCAAAUCAGGAGUAUCAGAACAGCAGCCAGGAGAGCUGGGUGCAGCGAAUGCUGAUGGCCUUGGUGGGGGACAGUGCCCUUUUCAACACCAGGGAAGGGCGUGCUGGCAAAGUGCACAACUUCAUGCUGGGACUGAACCUCAACAGCUGUUACCCCCUCUCUCCUCUGGCAGACCUUCUUAAGCAGGAGUCCCUGGAAGAAGAUGAACUAGAUGCAGCUGUUGCAGAUCCUGAUGAGUUUGAGAGGAUCUAUGAGCCUCUGGAUGUGAAGAGCAAGAAGAUUCACAUAGUGGACAGCGGGCUGACAUUUAACCUGCCAUACCCACUUAUCCUGAGACCUCAAAGAGGUGUGGAUCUCAUCAUCUCUUUUGAUUUUUCAGCAAGGCCAAGUGACUCCAGUCCUCCUUUCAAAGAGAUUUUGCUUGCUGAGAAAUGGGCCAAGAUGAACAAGCUUCCAUUCCCCAAAAUUGACCCCAACGUGUUUGACCGGGAGGGCCUGAAGGAGUGCUACGUUUUCAAGCCCAAGGACACCUCCUCAGAGAAGGACUGCCCAACUAUAAUCCACUUCGUUUUGGCCAACAUCAACUUCCGGAAGUACAAAGCUCCAGGUGUUCCCAGGGAAACUCAGGAAGAGAAGGAUUUUGCAGACUUUGACAUUUUUGAUGAUCCAAAUACACCUUUCUCUACCUUCAACUUCCAGUAUCCCAACGAGGCUUUCAAGAGGCUCCAUGAUCUGAUGGAAUUCAACACCCUCAAUAACAUAGAUGUGAUCAAGCAAGCUAUGAUGGAGAGCAUUGAAUACAGGAAGGAGAACCCAUCUCGUUGCUCCGUGUCCCUCAGCAGUGUGGAAGCACGGAGGAUCUUCAACAAGAACAACCUGAACAACAACCAUACGUAGAGGAUGUGCCAGAGGUCCUGCUCCUUCCAGAAACUGGUUCUGUCUUUGUAACUGGAUUAAGAGAAAAACCAGUAUCAGAGCAUUGCUGCUGCUGCUGAGCAGGGCUGUGCACAACUCCUGCUUGUGAGUGCUCCAAAUGUCAGUGUAAAUUUUGUACUCAGUCUUUUCAGCAAAAAAAAACAUGGAAACAUUUCAGCAUGCCAAGAACCUGACUUUAAAUAGUCUGGAAUGACCUGGGUUUGGUGAUGGUCCUUGCUUCAGUGUCCAGCUUUCUACUGCUUACAAAAGUACAAGUCCUAGGUUCUCCGAGUGGGGCCACUGCCUGCUUUGUGAUUGAUGGAACCAGAGGAGAAUCAAAUCUAGAAACAGAGGCAAUACAGAGAGGAACUGAUCAAUGCUCAGCAAGAGCUAAAGGGUAGGGGGGGCAAAAGGAUAGGGCCAAACUCUUUGUCAGUGCUGCCCAGUGACAGAAGAAAGGGCAACAGGUUCUCUCCAGAGAACCCCUCUAGGCAGCCUGCUCCAGGGCUCUAUCACCCUUAUAGCAAAGAAGUUGGAAAUUGGGUAAGUCUUGGAACAUGAGAAGCAGAGGAUAAACAAAUCUAGAAACAGAAGCAAUACAGAGAGGAUCUCAUCAAUGCUCAGCAAGAGCUAAAGGGUAGGGGAAAAACGUUCUCAGAACCUCUCCAGAGAACCCCUCUAAGUAGCCUGCUCCAGGGCUCCAUCACCCUUUUAGCAAAGAAGUUGGAAAUUGGGUAAGUCUUGGAACAUGAGAAGCAGAGGAGAAACAAAUCUAGAAACAGAAGCAAUACAGAGAGGAUCUCAUCAAUGCUCAGCAAGAGCUAAAGGGUAGGGGAAAAACGUUCUCAGAACCUCUCCAGAGAACCCCUCUAGGUAGCCUGCUAGAAGGCUCCAUCACCCUUAUAGCAAAGAAGUUGGAAAUUGGGUAAGUCUUGGAACAUGAGAAGCAGAGGAGAAACAAAUCUAGAAACAGAAGCAAUACAGAGGGGAUCUGAUCAAUGCUCAGCAAGAGCUAAAGGGUAGGGGCGGCAAAAGGAUAGGGCCAGACUCUGUGUCAGUGCUGCCCAGUGACAUGAAAAGGGGCAACAGGCACAAAUUGAAACCUAGGAGAUUCCAUCUGAACAGGAGAAACUUCUUUGCUGUUAGAGUGCUGGAGCCAUGGAGCAGGCUGACCAGAGAGGCUCCACUGGGGGGUCUUUUCUGGAGAGAUUCCAAACCCCCCUGGACAUUGUUAUCUUGGGCAAGCUGCUGUGGGUGGCCCUGCUUUAGCAAGAGGGAUUUGCACUCUGUAAUCUACAGAGAUCCCUUCUAACCCCCACCACGUUGGGUUUCUGUGUGUACUUGGGCUUGGGUCCAGACUCUGCUCUGCUCUGUAUCCAUGAGAAGCUUUCCUCUGACUGUGGUCUGAAAAGCCCAAGUUGGUGACCACUACUAGGCUUCAGCAGCUCCCCCUGAAUACAAUCAUUUGGCUGCUUGCCAGCUCUCUCAGGGUUUAUUUCUCACCCCUGAAGGGAUUUUGCUCAUUAGCUAUCAUUGGCUGUCUUGACCUGCCCAAAACUCCACCAUCUACCUGUGAUUCAAGUUCCACACUUCUCACAUGUGGUGUCUCUUAAGAAAGCCAGCAGAUGGGGAUCAGAGAAAAGGACUUUAUGCACCCUUGAGGAAAGGUUCCUCAGCUGCUUAUUGAUGCUGGUAGAGCUUUUGUAACUGAUGCUAAGGAGGACCUGCUCCUCAAUCUUCUGAUUUCAGGUAUUGUCACACAAAGUGAAGUCUGCUGCAAGAAUGGGUGCAUCCACUCAGAAGAAAAUCCAGCCUCUUGGAGCUUCUUUCUCUUGCUCCACGAAAUCACAUUAGAUUCAUGGAAGGGUUUGAGUUGGAAGGAACCUUAAAGACCACCUAGUUCCAAGCACCCUGCUAUGGGCAGGUGCACCUCCGGACCAGGUUGCUCAAAGCCUCAUCCAACCUGGCUUUGAACACCUUCAGGGAGAGGGUGAGGGAGCAUGGAGAGCCCAAGAGGAAAGAUCACAGAAUCUCAGAAUGGUUUGGGUUGGAAGGGAUGUUGAAAGUCAUCCAGUUCCAACCCCCUGCUAUGGGCAGGGACACAUCCCACUGGAUCAAGUUGCUCAAGGCCCCAUCCAAUGUGGUCUUAAACACUAUCAGAGAUGAAGCAUCCACAUCUUCUCUGGGCAACCUGUUCCAGUGUCUCACCACCCUCACUCUAAAGAUUUUCUUCCUGAUUUCUUAGGAGCCUCUUGCUAAGGUUUCCUGAUUAACAGUAAUUGAAGGAAGAAGUUCAUUCCUUAUUGCUGACCAAGACAGGAUUAGAAGUGAUUUUUGUUUUAUCUGAUCAUCACAUUUCUGCAAGAGGAUCACGGCAAUGCUUACUGGGAGGGCAGCAAAAGUGUUGCUGGGUGAAGAAUGUGCUGUAGUUCCUGUGUCAUACCUCCAAAACCUUCCAACCUUCUUUGAAAUCAUCUCUUCAGCAAAUGUAUGACAUGGGAAGAGCAAAAGGAGCUGAUGGGGUCCCUGCUGGCUGUGCACCAUGCACAAGAUUCAGCUACUGCUGGCUUUUGUGGGUGCCUCCAAAAUGCUCUGCAGGUGGAAUUUCAGUCUCAGUAUUUCUCUUGGUAGUAAAUAAGGUUUGGAAUUCUCCCUCUGUCUCUCAGAUUCAUUGAGUGGUGUGCAUUGGGAGGGACCUUAAAGGUCAUCCAGUUCCAAGCCCCCGCCAUGGGCAGGGACCUCUUUCAUUAGGUUGCUUAAGGCCUCAUCCAACCUGGCCCUGAACACCUCCAGAGAUGGGGCAUCCACAGCCUCCCCAGGCAACCUGUGCCAGUGUCUCACCACCCUCACUGGGAAGAACUUCUUCCUGAUCUCCAGUCUAAAUCUGCCCUUCUCCAGCUUCAGUGAUAUCCCUCUCGUCCUGUCCAUCCAGGCUCUUGUGAAAAGCCUCUCCCUAGGUGUCUUGUAGCCCCCUUCAGGCACUGGAAGUCUGGUGUGUGAUCUCUCUGGAGCCUUCUCCAGGCUGACCAGCCCAACUCUGUCAGCCUGUCCCCAUAGGGGAGGUUCUUCAGCCCUCUAAUAAUCUUCAUGGCCUCCCUGGAGCCCACUCCAGCAGUUCCAUGUUGUCCUUGUGCUGGGGGUGUUGGGUCAGUGGUUGGACUUGAUGAUCUUGGAAUCUUUUCCAACCCAAACAAUUCUGUGAUUCUAGGAGGGAAAAGAAAAGAAACUUAACCUACUGCUGCAUCACUGAAACUUUCUCAUUAAGGUCUGGAGUAGAGGAAGAAACUGGUACUGUUAUUUUAUUGUAAAAAUCUCUCUUUCAAGGGUUUCCCUCCCCCCCCUCCUUCUGUUACUGAUGAUAUUCGUGGUUUGUAUUUUCCAGUAUCUACCUGCUCUGCUGUAUGGAAAUGUUUUUCUCCUCCUUUAUACAGUUCAUAUUCUCACAGUGUUACCAGGCAAUAAAAUGGAACUCUUUUUGGCACUUCA